UCACUGGUCCAGAGUACAGCAGGAAGUUUGGGGCUGGAUAGUGCUGCUUGCAGCCCAAAGAGAUAAGUGAUCAGUGAUCCUUCAUCCUGAGCUUCAGUCAGGGCGGCUCCGUCCUUCUCUCUCUCUUCUACUAGCUUCUCUCCCUCUUUUGCUCUCUCUCUACUUUCUACAUUUCUCCUCUGGUUCUGCCUUUGAUUUCUGGCCCUCAACCAUGCCUCCGACCCUGGCCUCAGCCUUUGCCAGGCGCUGGUGGAUGGCAGUGACUGCCAUCGUUGAGAAUCUGCUGUUCUCCGCUGUGCUGCUGGGAUGGGGUUCGCUUCUCAUUAUGCUCAAGUCAGAAGGCUUCUACUCUUACCUUUGCAAGGAGGAGGGUAACAGCUCCAGUCAUAAUCUGUCCCAAGCCCUGACAACACCAACACCUGACGAGUACGCUGAGUAUUAUGAGAGUGAGGGCAUUGGUCUGGGAGAUGGAGUGGAGAUAAAGCCCGUGGUCCCUAUGGAUGGGCCCCUGAGGAUGAAUGGCUGGCUGAUUUGUAAAGAACAGGAUGAGAUGCUGAAUCUGGCGUUCACAGUGGGCUCCUUCCUGCUCUCAGCCAUCACCCUGCCGCUGGGCAUCGUCAUGGAUAAAUAUGGGCCUCGAAAGCUACGACUGCUGGGCAGCACAUGUUUUGGGUUGUCCUGUCUGCUCAUUGCUUAUGGAGCUUACAAGCCAAAUGAACUCUCUGUCCUUAUCUUCAUUGCCCUGACUUUCAAUGGCUUUGGGGGCAUGUGCAUGACCUUCACCUCUCUCACACUCCCAACCAUGUUCGGUGAUCUCCGUUCCACCUUCAUCGCCCUGAUGAUUGGCUCCUAUGCCUCCUCCGCUGUCACCUUCCCUGGUGUCAAGGUGAUCUAUGACCUUGGCAUACCCUUCAUCACUAUUCUGGUGGUGUGGGCGGCCUGUGCUGGAUUGGUCUUUUUGAACUGCUUCCUCAACUGGCCACUGGAACCAUUCCCGGGACCAGAGGACAUGGAUUACACUGUGAAGAUCAAAUUCAGCUGGCUGGGCUUUGACCAUAAAAUCACAGGGAAGCAAUUUUACCACCAAGUGACCACAGUGGGCCGUCGUCUCAGUGUGGGCAACAGCCUGAAGCAGAAGGAGCUGGCUACAAAAGAAGGACACAAGCUCUGCCUCUCCACCAUGGACCUGGAGAUGGAGUGCAAGCCACAAAACGCAUCCCAGUCAUUCUUGAAAACUAUCACAACCCCAAUCUUCCUGCUCAGUCUGGUGACCAUGUGCAUCACUCAGCUUCGCCUCUUGUUCUACAUGGGAGCCAUGAACAGUGUCCUGGAGACACUCAGCGACGGAGACCUCAACACAGUGAGUCUGUACUCCUCCAUCUUUGGUGUGCUGCAGCUGCUUUGCCUGAUGACCACUCCCGUGAUUGGUCAGAUCAUGGACUGGAAACUAAAGGACUGUGAUGAUGGAGAGGAGGAAAGGGAGCCCUGUAGCAAGGGGGAGAAAAAGAAAAAGUGCAGGGACAAAAAGACCCAGAAGGUGACCAAUGCCUUGCGAGCAUUCAUGCUCACCAAUUUCCUUUUAGUGGGAUUUGGGAUCACCUGCUUAGUGCCCAAUCUCCCCCUGCAGAUUGUGUCGUUUGUCCUACACACUGUGGUGAGAGGAUUCAUUCACUCUGCUGUUGGUGGCCUUUAUGCUGCUGUGUAUCCUUCCUCCCUGUUUGGCAGUCUGACAGGCAUGCAGUCUCUGGUCAGCGCUGUAUUUGCUCUGUUGCAGCAACCCCUGUUUUUGGCCAUGAUGGGACCCCUUAAGAGAGACCCUUUCUGGGUCAAUGUUGGACUCCUCGCUCUCAGCAUGCUGGGCUUCUUGCUGCCUCUCUACCUGAUCUGUUACAGACGGAUUCUCCACAAAGAGCAACAGGAGAAGGAGGAAAACGCAAAGAUCUACAUAAAAAUCAACGGCUCCGACAUCCCAGAGGCCUUCAUCUAGAGAAAACUAGAUGAAGAUAGUUUUUUUACUUAGAGACUUUGGCAGUCCAGUAAUACCUUCAUAAAUAGAAAACGACAAUUGACAUUGUAACUAUUUUGAGUAUCACAUUUAAACAUACUGUAUAAUUGUUAUGUUCCAUGGAGUAAACACACAAACAGAUUAUCACAUCCAUUUUCCAAAAAGAAGAUGAACUGAUUCAGUUGUCACGGAAACGAGUCCAUUGGACGCUGGCUGAGGAGAGUGAAAGUGAAACAUGGAGAGGAAAAGAAGAACAAGAAAGAGGAGAGACUGUGAAAGGAAAGAGGCAUCAGUCCUCUGCAUCCCCCCCAAUCCUCUGACUUCUCUUUUUAUUCCCUCCUCUCUGAGCAGCACAUUAGUGCAGCUGCAUUCCACAUAAGACUGUUUUAAUAUUCCCCAUGUGAGCAGAAAAAAAAGGAAAAAGAGAGCUUGUUUAGAGCCGUGAAUUUCCACCGGUGAAAGCAACACAUACUGCUAAAUCUCACCUUUACAACCAUCCUCGCCAUUAUGUGGGCGUGAUUCCAUUAUUAUGAGUCAUGUUUUCGAUUUUGUUUAAUAUGCUGACCUGAAAUCCUUCUGAUUGUAAAUUCCAUCACAUGGUGCUUCUUAUCAAUUCCUCAUCUGGAUUUUUUUAUUUUUUUUGACAGGUGGUGUAAAGUCAGUGCGGACUAAAUGGCGUUAAUGUGUGACAGGGAGCAGAGAGGCCUUAUUGCUGAUGUUCCUCGGGUGAAUAGAAAAGACAGUCAUAUGAUUAAUUGUUGCUGCAGUAUAAAACUGCUGUAGCUUAGAAUAUGCCAGAGUAUCGGAUAAACAUGAGUGCUUCUGCUGUAUUUUGUAAGUGGGACAUCAAUCAAACUGGUAUGUUUUGCUAAAAACAAAAUGUUCAUUUGUGUUUAGAGUAUUUAUUUUAUUUCCUGCUUUCUUUAGUUUUUAUAUGUAUGUAUAAAUUUACCACAGGUGCCUUUUUAAUUUUCAUUUAAUGCAAAAGAGAAGAUUUGUUCCUUGGGUGUAUUAAAUUUAACUUUUUACACAAAACAGUCUCCCCUUUGCAUUACGUGGUAUGGCUUCCCGUUUACACAUUUAACAUUUAGAGAGACUUAAUGUUCUCCAUUAAGUGUAUCCAUAUGAUUGUGCCUUAGCUUAAAGUCGGUAUUUCAUUCAGGCUAUUCACCUAACAUCAAGAGAAAUUCAGCACUUUAUAAUUCAACAACACACACACACACACACAUCACAUGAGCUCCUUUCAGCACUUCUCUCCCAAAGCUUCUGUGGAGAAAUAGUCCCACUUUAAUUUUGAGCUACCUUCAUAUGUUUUAUUUAUUUUAUUUUACACUCAUUGUUACACAAUAAGUUCCAAUAUGUACUUAAAGUGUACUGUGCUUGUAACCACUCGUACGUCAUAUGUCUGUUUGCUCUUUCUUUUAUCUUUGAAGCUAAUGUAGAGAUGUUGUGGGGGUUAAUAAAGAUGAGCUGAUUUCUUUUAAAUGUUUUCUUUCAUUGAUGUUUUUUUGUGUCGUUGUGUUAUUAUAUGUGUCUGUGUAACUGCACCUGUGUAAUUCUUACUUAUAGUGACAUCUUGCUCAGGAUAACUACCACGGUGACAGAUACUGGAAACUCACGGUGUCAGACCACUGAUAAAGUGGGCUCCCAUAAUGAUCUGUUGAUUGACUUGGAAUUUGACAUUUAGCUUUAAGAUGAUAUAGUUGUCCUAAAGUAUCUGCCUGUAUUUGAGGUUUGUAUUUUUAAGAAAGUAAUUUAUGUUUUAGGGAAGUGAUGUAUAAUUUCAAUAAGGGUGU